AUGAGCUCCGUUUCAAAGCGCUCGAAAGAUGUGAGUUCUUCGGAGAAGCCCUUCGCCGAGGACAAGGAACGGCUCCUCUCUGAACCGUCGGCCGCGACGAGUCGCAAAGUGGUGGUGUGGUCGGAGAUUUGGGCCAAAGUCCCCUUCCGAUUGGACAAGCGGGUCGUGCUCAAGGAUGUGUACGGCGCCGCGUUUCCCGGCGAGGUGCUGGCGAUCAUGGGCGGAUCGGGGGCGGGCAAAACGACGCUGCUCAACAUACUUACACAGAACUUACAAGCCAACAUUGAGAAAACGGGACUCGUCCUCGUCAAUGGAGAAGACGUCGACGCGAUGGCGAUGCGCCAAAUGUCCGCCUUCGUGCAACAGGUGGACGUCUUCUGGGGCAGUCUGACCGUCCGCGAGCAGCUCGUCUUCUCCGCCGCCCUCCGCAUGGGCCGCCAAUACACGACGCAGGAUCGGUUGCAACGUGUUGAUGAGCUGCUCACCGAGAUGAACUUGAACGAUUGUCGCGACACGAUGAUCGGGAUUCCUGGCCGCACAAAGGGAAUCUCGGUUGGGGAGAAGAAGCGCCUCGCGUUUGCCUGUGAAGUCCUUCCCGAUCCAUCGAUCCUGUUCUGCGACGAGCCGACGAGCGGCCUCGACGCGUUCAUGGCGGGCCAAGUGGUGGACGCCCUAAAACGGCUGGCCGCCACCGGGAAGACGGUGAUCACUGUCAUCCAUCAGCCGUCGCCCGAAGUCUUUGACAUGUUUGACCGCGUCUGCUUCCUCGCGUUUGGCCGCGUAGCCUACCACGGCCCCACCAAUCGGCUCGGCGAAUUUUUGGACUCGAUUGGGGACCCUGAACUCGCCAUCCCAUAUGAUCACGACCCGGCCGAUCACAUGAUCAGCAUCCUCGCCCUAAACGUCGAGACCCAGGGCCAGGAUUAUGAUCGAAUCAAGCGAAUCGCGGCCACAUUCAAGAAGCACGAGAUUGGCGAGAAAUUGGCGCAGUUGAUCAGCGGCGACGUGACGGGCAGUGUUCGCAAACUUGAGGAGGAGGGCAAUCGGGAUAUCGGCAACAAGCCACGAUACCAAGCCGACUUCCUGGUCCAAUUCUGGACCCUCCUGAAGCGUGCGUCGCUGACCUGCGUCCGUGACCCACUACUCGUCAAGGUGAAGCUGGCCCAAGUUUUGUUGACGUCGCUGGUGAUCAGCCUGGUGAAUUGGCGCGUCGACGUGCGGGCGGACACGGUGCAGAACAUUGAGGGCGUACUGUUCAACACGGCUCGCGACAUGAACUUUCUCUUCUUGUUCCCAUCGAUUGGGGUGAUUACCGCCGAGUUGCCGAUUUUCUUGCGUGAACACCGGGCCAGGAUUUACUCGGUGGAUAGUUACUAUUGGGCCAAGACGGCCGCUGAAGUGCCCCAAUAUACGAUAUUGGCCAUCGUCUAUGGGUGUAUCGUAUACUGGAUGACAAGUUUAUUCGCCGGCGCCGCGCAAUUCCUCAAAUUUCUGCUGAUCUGCGUGCUGCAGGCGUAUGUGGCCAUUUCGAUUGCCACUGCCGGCGCGUGCGUCUUCGGAAGUGAAGGAGCGGCCAUCACCUUCAUCCCCAUCCUCGUGCUCCCGAUGCUAAUUUUUGGCGGUUUCUACAUCAACUACGCAGACAUUCCGGUUUACAUGCAGUGGUGGUGUCAUCUCUCUUGGUUCCGCUACGGUUUCCAGGCCCUCCAGAACAACCAGUGGACCGCCCAGGGAACAAUUCCUGGUUGCCUGAGCAUCGAGACGAAUUCGGGCGGAAAUUGCACAACUCAGACUGGACUCGACGUACUGCGCAACCGCGGAAUGUCCGUCAGCGCCCUGAAUUAUUGGGUCAAUGCUGCCAUCCUCCUCGCGAUGACGCUCGUCUCCCGAUUCGUCGGGCUGAUCGCCCUGCGGCUGCGCAGC